AUGGUGCAGACGUCCACCGUCGUGACGGCAUCAGUCGCAUCCGUCGCGGCCGCAGCAGUCGCCUACGCCGUCUACUUCGACUACCGCCGCCGCUCCCACGUCGACUUCCGCCGCAACCUGCGGAGAAACGAGCGCCGCCAGGCCCGCACCGAGAAGGAGGAGGCCGAGGCGUCGACGCGCCUCCGACGCGACGCCCUCAAGGCCAAGGUCGACGAGGCCAAGGACGAGGGCUUCCCCGCCGGCGUCGAGGAGCGCGAGGCCUUUUUCAACGAGCAGGUCAAUGCCGGAGAAAUUCUGAGCUCGGAUCCUUCCAUGGCCGUCGAAUCUGCUCUUGCCUUUUACAAGGGCCUCAAGGUGUAUCCAGCCCCAGGCGACCUCAUCAAGAUCUACGACAGCACCGUGCCCAAGCCUAUAUUAGACAUCCUGGCCGAGAUGAUCGCCUACGAUUCUAGCUUGGACAUUCGCGCGCGCUCUUCUGGCAUAGACCUGGGCGACAUCCCUAACGUUGGUCUCGACUAG